AUGAUGGAUGUUGGCCAUAGGGGCUCAAUGGGUACCGAAUUUGAAACAAUUGAGGCAAGAAUAACAUCUAUGCUUCCCCAACUCCAGUCUGAGUUCGGCAUUCUACAAAGAAUGGUGUACAAGAAUAAGAACCAGCACCGACGCUCCUCCUAUUUCCAGCGUCUACUGAAGGUGAGGAGGGAUUUAAGACUUCUCCAAUCAACAAACUUAGAGGAGCUUGUAACAUCGUGCCUCCAUGUUAUCAAAGGAGAUAAACCAAGACAGAAGGUUAUUCUAUUAGAAAGCUUAAAAAGGAGAAAAUGUGAUGGUGAAAAGUAUAAUUUUAUGGAGCGUUUGUUAGGAGCUGCACGCUUACUAGCUGAGAUGGUUGAACCAAUUCUGAAGGCUGCUUCUGAGGUAUCUGUAUUGUUUGCUCAAUCUUUUUUUAUGGGAUUUUCUCUGACACUCAUGGCUUUGCUUGCACGUCUUCGAGUUCUGGUUCAACAAAUAUUGCUUGAUGUUGUUUCAUUGUUUAACAUGGUUUCGUCCCUCUCUACAACGAAGCAGUCAACAAAAAUAAAUCUUAACGGAAUUGAGGUUUUUAGAGAUUACUAUCCUGUUAGCGAUGAUUUUGUUACAUUAGAUUGUGUUUGGAAAUCAGACAAGUUUAUAUUACUUGAGAGGAAGCAGAAAAGGAAGAAUGAAAGUCAAACCGAGGACUCUAAUGAAAAUGUCUUAGUCCAAACAUCAAAUGUUAAUUAUAAUAGUAUUGAGUCGUUUCUUGGGGAUGAUCAGCUUGAGAGUGUAGAAGCACAUGUUGCUGCCAAAGAAGAUCCCUGUCAUAUAGAUCAUAUGAAUUCGGAUUUGGUGACUGACUCAUCACAAUUUGAGAAUAAGAUGACUACAUAUAGUGAGGAAGGAGAAAUUCAAGACACCACAAAGGCCUCCAUCAACGAAUCUUCAUCACAACCUGGUUUGCAUGCAUCAUCAAGGUCUUCUACCAAUGAUAAACUCAAUUCUAUGCCGAAGAAGGUGGCAUUUGUCUCCAUCAAGAAUCUUACAUUAACACGACACACAUCUUAG